AUGCAUAGAAAACGAGAGAGGACUGAGGCCAGUAAAACUGCGCUUGCGCGAUUUCCUUCCAGUCAAUCCAAGAUGGCGACCAGUGCCGUGAGUACGACGGACCGGUUUUAUUUCACCAAAGAACAAUUACAAAAUACACCAUCUCGAAAGAAUGGAAUUGACCCAGAGAAGGAGCAAAGUUACAGGCAACAAGCGGCAACGCUGAUUCAAGAUAUGGGGCAGCGUCUUUCCGUGUAUCCUUUCGAAAAAAGUCGUUUCUUGUCAAGUGUUCGUCUACGAAAAAUUGCAUAAUUAUUGCAGAGUUGCAAUGUUAGUUAAGCCAACGAAGUAGACUUCAAGAUGUGAUUUUUUUUUUAGUUGAACGGUAAAUUAAUACUUUUGCCACAUAUUUGAAUUCCUUAACCCGUUUUUGUAGGAGCCAGCUGACAAUUAACACCGCAAUUGUGUACAUGCACCGGUUCUAUAUGUUCCACUCAUUCAGUAAAUUCCAUCGAAAUGUAAGCUUUUCCAUUUGCGUUGUAUUUUACCACAAUAAUUCUUUUUAAUAUGAUUAACUGUAGAAUUUCCGUUUUUCUUUUUGGAGGUGUCUAUGACUCACCUAACGCCUAUCUGGCCUUUAUCAAUUUAACUUUAUUCAGGUUUUCUUAUACUAAAGUUUUGUACAGUCUGUAAUAUUUAACAAUUCUUGUGCAGAAUGUUGUGACUAAAACUGUCUGGACAGUUAUUUCAUAAAAAUCCUUUACGUUGAUGCUUAAUUUGUUUUUUAGACUUGUAGAAGUGUUAAAGCAAGUCCCUUGGCUAUUUAUUGUAUUCAUUUGUACUGUUUCAUAGCACCUAGCUCCAUGUUGUCUUUUCCUUGCUGCUAAAAUUGAAGAACAGCCACGUAAAUUGGAACACGUUCUUAAGGUGGCCCAUGCCUGUCUACACAGAGAUGCUCCACCAUUGGAUCUAAAGAGUGAGGUACAAGCAGAUUAUAUUUGUUUAUUGUGCAUUAUUGUGCUUUUCUUUAAAAACUAAUAGCCCACGUUCGAUAUAUUAAAAUUCUAACAUGACCCUGAGGCUUACUGGUCAUUUUUCCAUACUUGGUUUGGUUUUCUUUGUGCUCAAGUCUCUUCUGGGAAUUGCGAGACAAUGGAGUUGUGAAAAAUUUGCAGUUUUGACCCUAAAGACUCAGAGUCAUGUUAGAAUUUUAAUGUAUCAAAAGUGGGCUGGUAGAUAAUAAUCAAGGUUUGUACAUGUACUUUACUUAUGCCAGCCAACUUUUACGCAUUAUGGGUGAUUCUGAUGCCUGCUGACUUAAGACAUCGAUGUAAGGCAUCCAGGACAAUUUCUCAUGCAUGAUUCAGAAGAGUUGUUCUUAAACACAAUUAAUAGCAAAAUUUAAUUCCGUUUACCUGAAAAUAUUCCAAAAGCACCCUUAAGGUUGAUCUCGUGUUAACACACCUAAACUGUUGCCUUUGAAGUAGCUUUGGAAGUGCUCAAAGGUCGGUGGAACAACUUCAGACAUUUUCGACAACAUUCAGAAGUCUUUGAAAAUCGACAGUAAUAUACAGAAGUCCCUGUGACAUGUUCAGAAACUCCAGUCAUGACACAAGGUGAAAAUCUCACACAUUCGACUUGAAAAAAGUUGGCUUGUCUAGUAUUUGUGUAUGGUAUGAGGGUUACACUAAAGUACCAUGACUGUAUAUUUGCUUAUUUCAACGCAGUUAAAUUGUUGCUCUUUUUCUUAUCACCGGCAUUAUUCUUUGGGACAAAAUACAUGUACUGCCCUUUUAUUGAUUAAGGUGUAUUUUUGCAUUCAGGAAUACUUGCAACAAGCCCAAGACUUGGUUGAAAAUGAAAGCAUCCUGUUACAAACUCUAGGUAAAGAAAAAACAGAGAUACACAUUAAUAGCGGAGCUCCAUGCGCAUGCGAGCAUAGCCCCAUACCUAAGAAAAUGCAUUUAUCUACCCAUCAGGGAGAUUUUGGUAAUCACAUGACUGUAUUUCCAACCUACCGACCAACCGACAGCCUGUCCAUCCACAACACAGGCAUACCAGUGUAAAAUAACUCAAUCAACAGGUAUAGCAACUCAAGGUUAUUUUGGCAAGAAAUCGCAUAGCCACUAGCAUCUUGUGAAGCAGAGAAAGAGGAAGUACGUACCAGGCCAGCGAAGCUCAACAAGACAAAGAGCAACAGAGAGCUAGAGCACGAGAUAAAAAAACAAAGGAGAUGUUUUAUUUUGGAAGAACAACAUGAAAUUUUUGUAGCUGUGGUGAGAAAAUGAGAAAUGCUAGCGGCCACUAAGGUGUCAAAGAAAAUGAGCGGCAGUGAAAAAACAAGUGAACUAAAACUUGACAACAUUUCCUCUGCAAAACAUGUAACUGGGAAGUUUGUGGAAGUUUUACACUGUAUUCAGUUAUUGUCUAUGUAAAGUUCAAAGACCAUGUUUUAACAUUUCAAUCUUAUUAAGGUUCCCUCAUUAGUAAUUUAAAGUGUGUGCAUUUUAUUCUUCCUAGUCACAACUACAUGUAACCCUGCAUUUACUGGCAACCUUGCCAAGGGGUGGUACAUAUUAAUCAAAAAGUUUUUGAAUGAUUGCAGGAUUUGAGAUCACCGUACAUCACCCACAUACUUAUGUUGUCAAAUGUAUUCAGUUGGUCAGAGGUGAGUACACUUAUUUCGUUCAAUACAUGGACAUUACUUUGUGCAUGAUCCGUACUCCCAGGCAAAGGAGGUUGGCUAUGUGCCAGAUUAAACCUAGCUUGCGAAUACAGCUGUCUCUCCUUGCUCCUUGUUGCUAGGGCCGUUCUGCAAGAGAGAUGUCCAUGCCAGAAUGACAGAAAUGCCAUACUGAUGACGUAUGUGUAAAAUCUGUGCAGUAUCUGAUAAGCUGCCCUGAAAAAAAGUCCCAAGCAGCGAAAGAGCAAGGAGUGACAGGUGUAUUUGCAGGCUAGAAUUAAACAACCUUACACCUAGAGAAAUGUGAUUUCAACUUUUGAGUCUGUGGCCAUUAAAGUGAUGCAAGAAAUAGGCCCAUCACAUUUUGUCAGGGUUCACAUGUAAAUCUAGAGUACACUCAUGCUUUGCUAAUACAUGUAAUAUUGAUAGCCAGCUUCCAUCUGAAAGGCCAUCUAGUGAAAUGUUGUGAACAGGAGACUCAAAAGUUUGAAUUGCAUUAUGUAACUCACUUCUGUGGAAUUACUGCCUGUUUGUAAAGUUGUAGGGGUCAUAGUUUUGCUUCGACUUGCACUUGUUUUAUUCAGGUGUAAUUUUAAAUGGUGAGUUCAUUGCUCAGGUAUAGGUUUCGUCAGUGUGGCUUAGAAUUUGUAAGAAAUUUUUUUCUUUCUAGUUUUAAGUUCAAAGCUUGCAAUGAUACCAAAAGUAAACAAAAGAGAUCCAAGUGGAAGUUAAGCUUGGUCAAUAAAAUUUUAUUAUUAUGUUGAAAUAAAUGCAGUGACUAAGCCCUUUAAUUCUUCAUUUGGAUUACUGUAUCAAUGCAUCAUCAAUUCAGACUCUAAAACCCUUUACUGUCAGUGUUAUCUAGAUCUGGUUGCAAUGUACAUGUAUUUAGAAAUUUAUGCACUGGUGAUGUACAUUUUACUUGCACAGUGCAGGUCCAUUGUAUUUAUUUAAGAUUCAACUGUAUGUAGUACUUGUAGUGAACAACUGAAUAUUUCUAAUUUAACAUUUCCCACUGCCCACUUCAGCAAGCAAGGACCUUGGACAGACCUCCUACUUCAUGGCCACAAACAGGUAGAGCCUUACAACCUUGCAUCAAUCUAAUCAUUACAAUGUAAGGCUUUCUUGUUGAGAUAAGCUACAUGAGGAUAUCCACAUAGAAUGCUAGGUUGUAAUACUUGAAAGAUUCAAAGUCUUUUUAUAAUAUUUGCAUUUGGUGUUAUUCCAGCAGUAUUGUCUUCCUGUCAUAUACAACUGCUGUAUUAGCCUUUUGGAUUGUUAUACAAAUAAUGUCAUGACCAACAACGUCAACUGCAGAGGAGAUUUCCCUGUACUUGUUCAGUUAAAAUUCCAUGUUCCGGUGAAUAUUUUUCAGUUUCACCAUACUCAAGGCGGUUUCACUCCUGGUGUUCUGCUUUGAUAUUUUGAGCCUUAAAAUAUUCGAGUCUCAAGGAGCAAAAGAAAAGGAAAAUUCAUAAAUUAACGUGUUUGUGGGUAAGAACAGAUGUCCGAACUUUGGGGUUUGUUUACAACAAAGGUCAUCAAAAGUCAUGUGAAACUACCUGUGAAAUCUGAUGCUCAGAAGAUCAAUUAACUUUGACUGUCCUUAAUAAGAGUUCCCUUUAUGACAGAGUGCUUUGAGGAUUUCUGACAAUUUCAGCGGGGAAUUUCUUGUCUGAAAUGACCAUGUGUGCUUUAUUCUGUAGCCUUCACCUCACUACGCUGUGUCUCCAAUACAAACCGCCUGUAGUGGCAUGUGCAUGUAUUCACUUGGCCUCAAAGUGGUCCAACUGGGAAGUAAGUAAUUAAGACUUUACAAGAGAAGGACUCUUCAUUAAUCCUUGGAAGUUUGAAUUUCUUUGGUGAUUUGUAUAAUUAGAAACCUUUGGACAACCCCAGUAAUGUUUGACGAAAAUUACGGAACCAAAAAGCUAACCCACAAGGAGAUUGUAAAUUUCUCCUGGAGUGUAAGACUUCAUAUCUUACUUCUUUCACUGGAAGAAAAAGAGUUUGUCUCUCAAAUGUGAUAUGAACACAGAUUCAAAGCUGACCAACUGCAACUGUUUGUCCUCUAUUUUGUUUAAUUGUCUGGUUACAUGUACUUUUGUUGUCAGUGUAGUAACAUUUGUUGAUUUAUUUAUCUUUUUAGAUUCCAAGGUCAAAUGAUGGGAAAGACUGGUGGGAAUACAUUGAUCCAUCUGUAAACAAAGCAAUGUUAGAUGGUAUGGCUUUCAUGACUUCUUUAUAUUGUUUGCAUGUUUGCUGUUGAUUGGUUUACUUCUUAUGGGUAACAUGCCUGGCUAUACUGCUAAGGCAUCCAUUAUAUUUACCCCAAAGUAAGGGUUAAUAAUAACAAUCUUAGUAGUAGUACAUGUCCACAAUGCAAGACACUUGUAUGCAUUUCAAAUAUCUUACAGAAAUUGCUCAAGAUUUUCUUAGAGUCAUGGAAAAAUGCCCCAAUAGACUGAAAAGGAAGAUCAACACAGUGACUAACUUAAAGGCAAGAAAUUUGAGUUUUGUUCUUCUUGGUAUUUGCUUUCAUUAGAUUUCAGCCACAUUCUGUUUUUGUUUUGUUUUGUUUUGUCCCCCACUCUUAUUGUGUCUAUAGGAUUCUCUGUAAAAGGGCUUAAUUUGUAAAGGAUUAUAAAUAUUUGUGUUCGAGUUUUUUAGUUUUACCUUGUGAAUGUAAUAGAACAUUAAUCAUGUGUGAGAGUGUUUCAUCUGGUUAGCCAAUUGCGAGAGAAGUGUUUAAAAAACGCGUUUGAGAAGAAUUUUGAGAUAAUUAAAUUUAUGGUAUAAAAAGCUAGGGUCCAGGUAGCUCUUGAAUCAAUGGUUUGUUUGAGUAUUUUACGCAACUUUAACACAAAAAUCACAUUGAGAUUUCCGUUGUUUCUCACUUCCCUUCCUCUUCAUACAUGUAGGGCCACUAAAAAAGGCGUGAGCUGUGGGUUAUUACGGAUGCUGUUUUGUUUGCAUUUCCAGGGUGUAUCACACAGCAAAGUAGCUAAAGGCGAGUCAAGUAAAGUAAACAGUGUAGCUAGUAGUGGUAACUUGGGACUACCUUCGGCUUCUAGUCACAAUAGCUUGGAUGGAACCCAUAAUGGAUUUAAUUCUCACGACGGAGGGCAUUCGCAAAAUGAUUUGGAUGCAAAGGCGUCCCAUAGUAAGUCAAGACUUGAUAAAGAUAAAGAAAAAGAAAGGGAAAAGAGAAAAGAAUCCACUUUGAGUAAACUUAAACCCUUGCCAUCCUCCUCUACUGUGACUUCUUUAACUGGAUCAGGCUCGUCUUCAUCAGCUAUGUCCUACCCGCCUUUACCUCCAUUACCACCGCUUACAUCUAAAUAUGCAACAGUCACUACUGCUAGUCAAAUGCAACCCAGUGAAUCAAAGGUUUCUACAACUGCAGCUCAUUCUACAUCGGGGAUGUCAUCGUCAGCGAAGGAUCCGUUAUCUUCAAGAAGCAAACAUAGACACCAUCAUCAUGAUGAAUCUCAACCUGCAAAGAAACACAAGUCUUCGCAUUUGCACUCACAGCGAUCUCAUUCCUCAGCACAUCGAAAGCCUGGGUCCUCCUCACAGUCAUCGGAUUCUUCACCGUCUGCAACCAUUAAGCAUUCCCACUCAUCUGCGCACAAAAGCUCAAGCCAUGCUGUUAAACCUUUGAACCCUCUUCACCCUUCGGCUUCACAAAUGCCCCACACUUCUUCCCACUCCUCUUCCCACUCCUAUUCACACUCCUCCAGGAAACCGCAUCCGUCAUCUCAUCACACCUCCUCAAGCCAUAAGUCAUCUUCGUCGCAUCACGGACAUGGCCAUUCUUCAUCGCAAAAGUCUUCCUCGGGAUCAAUCGAUUCUUCUAAAAAACACUCAAGUACAGUUAAACCAGUAGCAACAGCAACAGUUGCUAGGCCAAUAACUCCACCGCCACCCCCUCCACCUCCCCCACCCGGAGUGGAAUUUAAUGUGUUGUCUUCGUUGAAUGCGCCAGGAAUGCUUGGUGUUUUUCCUGGUGCGGAAAUGCAGCUCCCGGUUGGGCAAUUUCCCCCACAAUUUUUGCCACCAACCUUUACUUCAAGUGUGAUGCCAGGUAUGAUGCAAGGAAUGGUUCCCCCUCCACCACCCCCUGAUCCCGAACCUUCCUCGCCCCCUCCACCACCCCCUCCAAUGCCUUGA